AUCUGAGAAUUUAGGACGUUUUUUUUAUCUCGCUCUCUUACUGGUGGUGAUUAACGUUGAAGGACGCCUAGCAGCACUUUGUGCAGCCAGCCGCUCCCUAUGCCCGUGGACCCGUAGUCCUUAUCCACCUCAGUGCUCAAGUGGAAGUCCUCCUAGCCGGAUGAGAGACGCGUCCAGGCACGUUCACAACGCAGAUAACUAAAAAAGACAACGGGAAUAGAGGAGCCUCUUUUCAAUUGAAGGGAUAUUCCCGGGAUUCUUCACUUUCCUCCAGAGUGGAUUAAGGGACAACAUUUCCAAUUCAGAGGGGGGAUUGCUGAUUCCAAAAUGGAGGUGAAGACGUCACUUCUAGACAACAUGAUAGGGGUGGGGGACAUGGUCCUGCUAGAACCCCUCAACGAAGACUCCUUCAUCGAGAACCUGAGAAAACGCUUCGACCACAAUGAGAUCUACACAUACAUCGGCAGUGUGGUGAUCUCCAUGAACCCAUACAGGUCUUUGCCUAUCUUCACACCAGAGAAGGUGGAGGAGUAUCGCAACAGGAACUUCUACGAGCUCAGCCCACACAUCUAUGCUCUGGCAGACGAGGCCUACCGUUCUCUGAGGGACCAGGAUAAAGACCAGUGUAUCCUCAUCACAGGAGAGAGUGGAGCUGGAAAGACCGAGGCCAGUAAGCUGGUGAUGUCAUAUGUGGCGGCGGUGUGUGGGAAGGGCCAGGAGGUGAACAAGGUGAAGGAGCAGCUGCUGCAGUCAAAUCCCGUGCUGGAGGCUUUCGGGAAUGCUAAAACUGUGAGAAAUGACAACUCAUCCCGAUUUGGAAAAUACAUGGACAUUGAGUUUGACUUCAAAGGAGACCCUCUGGGUGGAGUUAUUAGCAACUAUUUGUUGGAGAAGUCCAGGGUUUGCAAGCAGCCAAGAGGAGAGAGAAACUUCCACAUCUUCUACCAGCUUCUUUCUGGAGCUUCAGGUGACACCCUGAUGAAGCUGAAGUUGGACAGAGACUUCAGUAAGUACAACUACCUGAGUCUGGAUUCAGCCACCGUCAAUGGACUAGACGACGCAGCAAGCUUUAGGACCGUCAGGAAUGCAAUGCAGAUUGUGGGCUUUAUGGAGGAUGAGGUGCAGUUGGUCCUAGAGCUGGUAGCAGCCGUCCUCAAACUGGGGAACAUUGAGUUCAAACCAGAGUCCAGGGUCAACGGCUUCGACGAAAGCAGGGUCAAGGACAAGAAUGACCUGAAGGAGAUGUGUGAGCUGUUGGGGAUUGAGCAGUCUGUGCUGGAGAGGGCUUUCAGCUACCGCACCGUGGAAGCCAAGAUGGAGAAGGUGUCUACCACACUCAACGUGGCCCAGGCCUACUAUGCCCGUGAUGCCCUGGCCAAAAACCUCUACAGCCGUCUGUUCAGCUGGCUGGUCACAAGGAUCAAUGAAAGCAUCAAGGCUCAGGCCAAAACACGCCACAAGGUGAUGGGAGUCCUGGACAUCUAUGGUUUUGAAAUAUUUGAGGACAACAGCUUUGAACAGUUCAUCAUCAACUACUGCAACGAGAAGCUUCAGCAGAUCUUCAUCGAACUGACGCUACGUGAAGAGCAGGAGGAGUACGUCAGAGAGGGCAUUGAAUGGACCAACAUUGAGUAUUUCAACAACGCCGUUAUCUGUGACCUCAUUGAGAAUAACCAGAAUGGUAUCCUGGCCAUGUUGGAUGAGGAAUGUCUCAGGCCAGGCACAGUGACUGAUGACACCUUCCUAGACAAGCUCAACACCAUCUGUGCUGAGCACCAGCACUUUGAGAGUCGCCUCAGCAAGAACUCCAAGUUCCUGACAGACCACAGCUUGCCUCACAGCUGCUUCCGCAUCCAACACUACGCUGGGAAAGUGCUGUACCGUGUGGAGGGGUUUGUAGACAAGAACAAUGACCUGCUGUACAGAGACCUGUCUCAGGCCAUGUACAAGGCCACCCACAGCCUGAUGAGACAGCUGUUUCCUGAGGGAAACCCUGCUAAGGUCAACCUGAAGAGACCCCCCACCGCAGGCUUCCAGUUCAAGGCCUCUGUAGGGGGACUCAUGAGGAACCUGCAGACCAAGAACCCCAACUACAUCAGGUGCAUCAAGCCCAACGAUAAGAAGGCAGCCCACAUCUUCACCGACUCACUGGUGUGUCACCAGGUGCGUUACCUGGGUCUGAUGGAGAAUGUGCGUGUGAGGAGGGCAGGCUACGCAUUCCGCCAGCCCUACGAGCCCUGUCUGGAGCGAUACAAGAUGCUCUGCAAGCAGACCUGGCCUCACUGGAGAGGACCUGCCAGGGAUGGAGUGGAGGUGCUGCUGACAGACUGUUCUGUUCCAGCUGAGGAGUUUGCAUACGGACGCUCCAAAAUCUUCAUCAGGAACCCCAGAACGCUGUUCACCCUGGAGGAGAGGAGAAGGGCGUGUCUGGAGGACCUGGCCACCCUGAUCCAGAAGAUCUACCGUGGGUGGAAGUGUCGUACUCAUUUCCUCCUGCUGAAGAAAAGCCAGGUGGUGGUAGCAGCCUGGUACCGCAGAUAUGCACAACAAAAGAAAUAUGAGAAGAUCAAGAGCGCUACACUAGUGAUGCAGUCCUUCACCAGAGGGUGGAAGGCCCGCAAGAUCUUGCGACAGCUGAAAUAUGAGAAGAGAUGCAAGGAGGCAGUGACUACCAUUGCAGCGUACUGGCACGGGACUCAGGCCCGGAUGGAGCUGCGGCGCCUAAAGACGGAGGCACGGAAUAAGCAUGCCGUGUCUGUCAUAUGGGCAUACUGGCAAGGGACCAAGGCUCGGCGAGAACUGCGGUGUCUAAAGAAGGAGGCGCGAGAAAAGCACGCUGUGUCUGUCAUUUGGGCUGGCUGGCAGGGGACCAAGGCACGCAGGGAGCUAAGGUGCCUGAAGGAGGAGGCCAGGCGUAAGCACGCCGUCGCCGUCAUUUGGGCCUACUGGCGGGGACUCCAGGUUCGCCGGGAGUACAGGAAGUUCUUUAGGGCCAACGCUGGAAAGAAGAUCUACUGCUUUAUCAUCCAGAGAAUUAUGCAGAAGUACUUCCUGGGUCUGAAGACUACCGUGCCCUCCAUGUCACCCAUAGACAACACCUGGUCGGCCCAGCCUUACAGCUUCCUGGAGGGAGCUCACACUGAGCUCAGGAGGAUCUUCCACCUCUGGAGGUGCAAGAAGCACCGGGGACAGUUCACAGAGGAGAAGAAGGCUGUGUACGAGGAGAAACUGGAGGCCAGUGAGAUCUUCAAGGACAAAAAGGCUCUGUACCCUAGCAGUGUGAGCCAGCCUUUCAAAGGAGACUAUCUAGAGAUCCAUAAGAACCCUAAGUACCAGAAGCUGAACAGUGCCGUGGAGGAAAAGGUGCUACUGGCUGACGUGGUGAACAAGAUAAACCGGGCCAACGGCAAGGGGUCACCAAGGCUCUUCUUGCUGACCAAAAGCAACUUUGUCUUAGCUGACCAGAAGACAGGCCAGGUGAAGGCCAGCGUGCCGCUGCCAGACCUCACCAGCGUGUCGGUCAGCACUCAGAGUGACGGUUUCUUCGCCCUCAAGCUCAAAGAGGGCUCUGCAUCAGCUGCCAAAGGUGACUUCCUGCUAAGCAGUGAGCAUCUUAUUGAGAUCAUCACCAAACUCCACCGCACAGGGAGCACCACUGCAGACAAGGACCAAAUCAACAUUGAUAUCUCAGAUGAGUUCCUCGUUCAGUUCAAGCAAGACAAGGUAUGUGUCAAGUUCAUCCAGGGGGGGCCUAAGAACGGCACCAGUGCUUCCUGCAAGCGCAAGAACAACCGCCUACUGGAGGUGUCUGUGCCAUCAUCGCCAUAGAGACGACACAUCCUCACUGAUAGGGUUGUCAUGACAAUUCACCAUCAGACCUAAACUCCAGCCCCACCCCCAAUGACUGUGCAAUUUACGCUACUUUUUGUUAUUUGUCAAUAUUCAUUUCCUCACUUUUCAGUUGUCCUCAAAGUACAUGUCUUCUCUAAGCUUUACUCAAUAUACAUGUAUCUACAAAUAAUUAUUCUAAACUGUUAUCUUUUUCAAUGUGUAAUUGAACAGUGUAGAUCCAUAUCCUUAUAAAUGUCAUUACUCAGACAAUAAUUCAGUGGUUUGGUGCACAAGGACCUCCCCUAUGCCCCUUAUGAAAGCUUGUGAUUGGUCAGAUGGACAGGAAGUUGUUAGAAUUGUCAGAAAGUUUCCAACCACCACAGGAAAUGAGAUGAACCCCAGGGUUCCCAAGCCUACCCUUUGCACAGUUUUUUAAAAGUUAUUUAUCUGGAUUUUGCCUAUGGAAAGGAUGAAAUGCAUUGAAAUUGAAUGAAUAGAAUGGAAGUCCCAAUUCAAUCAUUCAUCCGUUCUAUUCAUUCUAUGUGUUUCUACUUAGCCGAUAGGCGAAAUCCAAAUACCGUAGAUAACUUGUGAAAAACUGGGCCCAGAUGACUAUCCUAGAUUCCCAGAUUUAAGGCUGGUCAGUCUUUUUAGUUUUCAAUGGCCCUCUUGUGUGAAAUGUAAGGGAAAUGAGCUAUUUGCCUGGAAGGCUGCCUAGGCUAGGCUACACCAUCUCUAGCAUUCCUCCUCCCUUUGGCCUGAGUAAAUCAGUAAAAGGACGCAGCAUGUCGACAGACGGAACACAAGAUUAAGUUCUACACUCUGAUAGACGUUUUCUCAAGCACAUGCUGUUGAGAGAAACACUCACUCACUGACUAUCAUACACAUCAGCUAUACAUAAGCUAAGACGUAGACCCAGCAUGGAUAGAGUAUGUAGGGGUAAAUUAUAGUGUCCUUAUGCUAGUUCUCUUAUUGCUGUGAUGCAGAAAUAUCUAUGCUGUUUUUGCCAUCACAAUGUAGGCAGUUAAAUUUUUUGUAGCCCCAUUCUGGCUAAUAAUAAAUGCAGUGUUUUUCUUGGGACUGGCCCCAGCUGUUUUUUGAGUGCAUAUGACCACAUUCUUUAAGUUUUUUCAUAAAUCUAGCAAUCACCGCUUUACUGUCUACUCUACCUGUGCACAGACUAUACUUUAUACACACACAAGCCAAUGUCCCUGAUCUUUGAAAUUUGGAAGUCUAUUGUAAUAUGAUAUUCUUUAUCAGGAGGUUUCGUGGGAGUUUGGACUGUUGACUUCUAAGUUAAACAAUUGGGUUCUCUGGUGGUGGAGGUUGUCGCUCAGCCAAACUGCUCUAGAUCACACUCCUAUAUAUCCUGCUGGGGUAUUUUAAUUAUUUGUAAUUUCACAGAAAAACCACAGGUGGACUUUGAGGAAUGUUUUUUUCCUUGCACGGGGAGGAUGUUGUGCUAAAUCGAAUGAUGUUUGUUGCUUCUCAGUUCUGUACAGUUUGAGAUUUCAAUGCAGUUUGCUACAAGGUUAAUAACUCUCUCGCGCUUCUGUUUAUAUUUGAAGUAAAAUAUGAAAAUAGAAACGCAAAAUGAUGUAUGCAUUCUUGUUGUGUGCCUAAUGUAAGACAGAAAGAACAUGCAAGUGUUUCAAUAGUAUUCAAUGUAACACAUUUACAAGUCAUUUUUUUAAAUAAAAAAAAAGCAAUAAAUACUUUGA